AUGAUAUUCAAUACUGUACGAUUGUUAAUAUUUUUAUUAUUAGUAAACAUUAUAGUUGGUUCAUAUGCAGCAUCGAAUGACAAACGACAAUUUUAUCAAUUAUUAAAACCACAUUCAGUUGAAAAUAAUAAUGAAUAUGUUUGGUUUACAAGAGAUAUUCAUAAUGAUAUUAAGAAUGAUGAACUAAAACAAGAUUAUCAACGUAAACAAAAAAAUUCAUUGCGCUUCAAAAUUUUCAACAAGGCAAUUAAUCGAAAAUAUCCAUUUGGUGAAAAUAUUAUACAUGAACCAAAGUAG